AUGGCGUAUUUUUCGAGCGGGAAUAGGGCUUUGCGGCGUAGUGGGUCAAAUCCGUCAUCAUCAUUGAGAAGGAAUGUGACGGAAGAGAGAGAUGGAAAGGCCGGUGAUUGCUUCUCUGAUGGUCGUAAAGAUGCGCUUGGAUCACUCCCAAAUCUGAAAAAGUUCAAUUGGGAUGCUUCGAUCAACUAUUCAGUUGAAAAGGAGUUUAAGAAACUUGCUGCCUAUCCCCUCAAAGCAAUGGUAAGUGUUACAAAGAAAGGAGGAGCAAAACCUGACUGGAUUUUGUCUGACUAUUGGACCACUAUGCAAGCUUAUUGGGCAACACCGAAAGCCAAAAAAACGAGUGCUAGUGCACGUGCUUCUCGAUUGUCUGAUCGCAAUGGUUUAGGUUCGCAUCGACAUAGAGCGAGUUUAUGUUCCUAUGCCAAAGUUCAAGAUGUGCUGGAAGCAAACAACGAAGACUACUCUUUUAUUGCUGUGAUGAAGAAAACUCAUCAAAGACCUGACGGAACAUACGUUGAUGAGCGUGCUCGCUUGGUUGCAGAAACUUAUGAGAAGCACGUGGAAGAACGUUUCGGACAGCUUGAAUCUUCUGGUCUAGAUAAUGUAACACUUGAGAAUCUUGACCAGUGUGAAAGAAAUGAUAUUUAUGUAAAGGCUGUUGGAAUGUCUAAACAGGGACGUGUCUUUGGACUUGGAGCAUUACACAAUAAGGUUUUACCAGCUUGUGAUGUUUCGUGGAAUGCACGCGAAGCUUCUGAAGAAGUUGAAAUGAUAACACAAAGAUUGCAAGAGGUGGAAUCAGAACUAAAACAGAGCCGUGAAGAGAAUCUGCAGUUUCAGAAGAGACUUGAGAAUAUGGAGACUCUUUUUCAGUCUAUCACAAAUCUAAGUGUCUAG